AUGUCUAAAAUAAGAAAAAAAUUACUAGAAAAUAAAAAAGAAAUUGGAUUUUGUUCUUGUGUAAUCAAAGUAAAAGAGAAGAAAGGGACUGAAGAAAAUAAAGAUGUUAAUGGUGAUAAUGCCAAAGUAUGGCUAGAACAUUUCAAUGAUAUUAUAUCAGAAGAUAUAAAAAAUAUGAUAAAUAAUAAAAAUAGAUUAAAAUUACAUAAAUCUUUAAAUUUAAUAAAUAAUUUACAAUUAUAUAAUAAUUCAGUGGGUUGUAAAAAUAUGAAUGUCUUGUUGAAUAAUCCUUUUGGUUUCGAUUUGAAUAAAAUAGUUUAUGAACAAAUUAAAGAAAAUAAAAAUAAAAGUAAAAAUAAAAAUAAAAAUAAAAAUUAUAAUAAUUUCGAUAAUGAUAGGGUAAAUAUUUCUACAGAAUUAUCUAGGAAUAUUACAAAAGUAUCAUGUGAUGAUUAUAUAUGGAAUAAUAAAUUGAAAAGAUAUAUGAGUUUAAAAGAAUCAGAGAACCUUUAUCAGAAUAAUGAAACAAAUUUUAAAAGAAAUAAAACAUGUUUUGAUAUGUCCAAUUCGAACCAUCAUAAUAGAUCAAUGACAGAUAAUAUAAAAAUUUUAAAAUCAGAAAAUGUAUAUAUAAAUAACAAUUAUGAUAAUAAUAUAUAUAACAAUUCGUUAAGUUAUUUAAAUAUGCAUAAUAAUUUGAGUGUAUCAAACAAAAAAGAAGAAUCAACCAUUCUUUAUAAUAAUAAUAAUAAUGAAGAUUCAAAAAAAGAAACAUAUUUAAAAACAUCAAGUAAUAGAAACCAAAAUAUAACAUACGAUUCCAAUUGUAAGUAUCGACAACAUAAUAAUAAUAUAUAUAUAAAUGAAAAAGAAAAAAUAGAUAUAUUAAAAAAAGAAAUAAUUAUCCAAUCAUAUGACAUUAAAUAUAAAAUAAUGCAACAGAAUUAUAAUAACAUAAUAAUUAUACAAGACAAAAGUAAUAACAAAACUAAAAUUGUAGCAAAUAAAAAAGUGGAAGUAGGUCAAAUACUUUUUAUAGAACAUGAAUUAUUGGAAACAGCUAUUUUGUUCGAUGAUUUAUGGGAAACUUUUAAUAUGCUUAAUGAAGAUCAAAAGAAACAAAUUGAUUAUAUUAUUCACUUGAAAUAUUAUAAAAAUGAAUAUGACAAUAUUAUUAAUAUUAAUAAUAAAGAAACUGUUAUAAAAGAGGAUAAAUAUUUAGAAGAGAAGAAAAAUAUAACAUAUACAAAUUAUAAUAAUACAUAUAAUCAUAAUAAUAAUAAUAUAUAUAAAGAAUCAAUAAAUAAUUUUAAAAAUGAUACAUUUAUUGAUAAACUUAUCAAGUUUGAAAAAUUUACUGAUAUUUUAAAAAACUCAUUUAUUUCUUCAAGUAAUAAAAGUAAAAUAAAACUUUUUACACAUGCAUCAUUUUUGAACCAUAGUUGUUUUCCAAACGCUAGUUAUUGUUUUAUAGAUGAUAAACAUAUAUGCUUAUUAGCUAUGAGAACAAUAAAUAUGUAUGAUGAAAUUACAAUUUCUUUAAUAAAUGAAUUGUAUACAUCUAUUCAAUAUAGAAAUGAAAAAUUAAAUAAAAUGAAGAAUAUCACAUGUUCAUGUAAUAGAUGUUUACAAAUAAUAGAUGAAGAAAGAAAUAUACUCUGUGCAGUAUGCAAAUACUCUUAUGUCAGUAAAAAAAUAAAUCAAAAAUAUAUGUCCACAAUUAUCUAUCAACAAAACGAUUUUAAAGAAAAUGAUGACAAAAAUGAAAAUCACACGAAGAAUGAAUCAAAUAAUAAUAAUUUUUUAAAACAUAAUACAUUAAAUGGUAAUAAAAGAGAUGUUAUAAAUACACCUAAUUGUAAAAAUAGAGAAAUUUUCGAUGAAAAUAAUUUAUUUAAAUAUAAUAAUACAAAUUAUAAAGAAACACAAUUAAAUGAAUAUAAUCAUAUAAAUACACACAAAAUAGCAAAAAAUAAUAUUGAUUUUCACAAAAUUGAAGGGGAUAUAACAUACAUAGACUAUAUAAACAAUGAUGGAUCUAAAAGACACAAUACUGAUAAUAUAUAUGAGUCACAAAAUUUAUUAUUUGACAAGAAAUAUAAAAUAUAUGAAAAUAAAUUAGAUCAUGAAAAAAGACUUGAUGAAAUAUCCGUUGAACAUUACAUACCGCAUAGUAAUAAAAACAAUCAUAAUAUUUGUAAUAAUAAUACUUUUUUUUCAAGUAAUAAAAAUCCUUAUGGAUUUAAUAAGAACAAAAUUGACCUUAUCAUUAAGAAUAAUAUAAAAAAAAAAAGACCUUACGAAAAAGACAAAAUAGAAGAUCCCAAUAUGAUUAAUUCAGCAAAAGAUUUCUUAACAGCAACAAGUGUAUACAAUAAUAAAUAUAAUAAUAAUAAAUAUAAUUUAUAUAAUAAUAAUAUAGAUAUAGAACAAAACUUAUGUUCACCAAACAAUAAUAUAAAUUCAAACAUUAAAUAUAAUUCCCAUUUGUCUCUUAACAUAAAACUAAAAAAUAAUUUUCUUCAUAUUUUAAAUGUCAAAAAUGCAGAAGAUGAAAAAAUAGGUUACUGUAAAUUUGCUAAUAAUGAAGAAUGGAUAUGUGCUAUAUGUAAUAAUAGUAUAUCUAAAUAUGUUAUGCCUUUAAAAAGUGAAUAUUUUUUUAUUCUUCAAUAUAACAUUAUAAAAGAAAAAAUAAAUACUAACAAUUUUGAACUACCUUUACUUAUAAAUAAUAUAGAAGAAACCUUAUCAUAUAUAAUAAGCAUAUUAGGUGAGAAACAUUGGUUAUAUGCUUCAUUUAAUUAUAUUAUAGCAGAUAUUUGUUUUUCAUUAUAUACUACAAAUAUAUUAAAUAAAAAUUAUAUAUCGAUAUGUUUUAAUGCGUUCUAUAAUUUUUUCUACUUUAUUCAAAUUCAAUGCCCCCAGGCCAUUCAUACAGAUUUAGUACCCUUAGUUUUAAAGUUUUUUAUUAUUUGUAUAUAUACAGGGAAUUAUAAUACUAUCUAUAAUUUAGUUACAUCAGGAUUUUUAGAAUUAAUUAAACAAAAGUAUGGUUCCUGGGAUGUUUCUUAUAUUUGUCUGCAGCGAGCCUUCAAAAUAUGUUACGACCACAUGAAUAAUAGAAAACCUGUGGACAGGGCGACAAUAUUGACGUUAGCUGAUAUAGCUAAUAAUAACAUAUUAAAUAUGGUUCACUAA